ACACAUCGAUAUCUACUUGAAAAUGCCACCAAUCCAACAACAAAGAUACGUGCAACACCAACCUUCCAACUUCGAUAAGUUCAAGAUGGGUGCGAUGAUGGGAUCCACCGUCGGAGUAUGUGUAGGUGUAUUAUUUGGUGGAUUCUCCAUUUUGCAGAACGGACCAGGUCCAAAUGGAGUAAUGAGAACUUUGGGACAAUAUAUCAUGGGGAGUGUGGGAACCUUUGGAUUAUUCAUGUCAAUUGGUUCUGUGAUCAGAUCAGACUCCGAUUUCCAAGCUUACCAGAAAGCCAUGAUGUUGAGUCAAAGACAAAAGAUUGCUUCCAUCAGCAACAACUGAGAUCAUCCAGUCGUCAAAUUAAUAUCCCCAAUGUAUAUAGAAGUUUUAUUUCUAGUGUAAUUUAUACUCAACGUCGUGUUCGAUGUCAAAC